UGAUCCUAGCAUUGCUGGCAAGACAAUUCGUCACUCGCGUAAGCUGGUCAUGUUUUAGUCGAUCCCACUUGUAGAAGAGAUGAUCAACUCUUCCAACUCGUCCAACUCAUCCAGAGUGUCUGUGUAGUUGAAAAAAUGAUUGGAAAUCAGGAAUCAGUAGCUUACUAUUUGCAACUUGCUAGCCCUGGCUCAUUUCCUGGGCCGCUUCACACCCAUCCCUCUUCCCCACCCUCCCCUCUGGUCCCUCCUCCUCCCCAGGAUUUGGGAUCCAGCUGCGUUGAUCCGGACUGGCCCGUCUAAACCCGAGCAUGGGGGUUGUCUGGACCUUUUGUCUUCUCCGGUCCUCUGUCCCAUGUCUGUACUGCUUCCUCAAGAGCGAGAACAAAGCGAGACCGGAUUCUUUCUGCGCUGGCUACUUUGAAUUAUUCAGCUUUGCUUUCGAACCGCAUCAUGGAUGUUGCCGUGUAUUCGUUUCCUCAAUCCAAUCUCCCUACAUAUAUCCGCCUUCAGAGAAUAAGACGACGGAGAAGAAGAAGGCCAGCUGCCGUUUCAUAAUCUAAUUUCGUCAGCUCAGGCUUACCAGAAGCAAACGACCGCCGGAAGACUGAAAGGAAAACCCCACCAUUCGCCCCACAAACACUCCCUCCAGGGGAUCCUUCAUCGAGAAAACUUCCUGCCCUUAAAGGUUCGGCCAACGCAGUGAGGCUGUAAAGGGAUUUCGUCCAGAACACAGGCAGCCUCCAAUCGAAGGUGUUGUGAACAGGGAGAGGCAGACAGAGAAGACAGUCGGACAAAGAGACCAACAACCGACGCUGAGGAAAACAGCUCACCAACACCGCCAGCAAUGCCACGCUCUCAAGGCGCCCUCUCAACGUCGUCCGCCUCGUCGACCAUCAUGGACAGGUCGCUCGUCGCCACGACGGCAGAAAAGGCGGACCGCAUACCUUACGAGUCUUCCUCGUCCGCCCGCCCGUCCCUGGACCGCAUCCCCUCCCAGCAACAUGAAGCCGACGCCAACAUGUACCCGGACCCGUCCAACGUCGUCGAAGCAGAUCUCGAGAAGGGCGGGUUCGCGCCCGUCCCUCAACCCACCGGUGCCAAGAGCCCCGGUUCCGGCGACGCCUCCUCCGCAGCGAUCGGGGACGAAGCACCGUCCGGUCCCGCCGCCCCGCCAGGUAUGAACCCGGCCGACUUCCCCGACGGCGGCAUUCAGGCCUGGACUGUCGUAUUUGGGGGUUGGUGCGCCUUGUUCUGCACGUUCGGCCUGAUCAACUGCGUCGGCGUGUUCCAGGCGUACUACGUCCAGGGGCCCCUGAGCCAGUACCCGUCCUCGACGGUCGCGUGGAUCACCAGUUUGCAGGUGUGGACGCAGACUUUCAUGGGCGUCGUGUUCGGUCGGUUCUACGACUCCUACGGCCCCAAGUACCUCCUUUACGGCGGCACCGUUGUGUACGUGUUCGGCCUGAUGAUGACGAGCCUCUCGACCCAGUACUACCAGUUCAUACUGGCGCAAAGCAUCGUCUCGUCCAUCGGUUCGAGCGCCUGCUUCAACGCUUCGAUGGCGGCGGUAACCUCGUGGUUCUUCAAGCGACGCGCCGCGGCCUUCGGUAUAAUGGUCUCGGGCUCGUCGCUCGGCGGCGUCAUCCUCCCCAUCAUGAUGAGCAAGAUGAUUUCCCAGGUCGGAUUUCCUUGGGCCAUCCGCGCCGUCGCCUUCAUGUUCCUGUUGCUGCUCGGCGUCGCGUGUCUGACGGUCAAGUCGCGGUUGCCGCCCCGGCCCCGUCCGUUUGUGUUCAAGGAGUACGUCGACAGUCUGCGAGAGCCGCCGAUGAUAAUCACCGUGUGUGCCUUGUUCCUCUUCUUCUGGGGCAUGUUUCUGCCUUUCAACUUUAUCAUCUUACAGGCGAGAGCUCAAGGCAUGGAUGAGAACCUGGUCAUUUACCUGCUUCCCAUCAUGAACGCGGUCAGUAUCCUCGGUCGUAUCAUUCCUGGGAUCGUCGCCGAUAAGGUUGGCCGGUACAACGUCAUGAUCUUCAUCACCUUCGUCAGCGCCGUCUUCUGUCUCGGCUUGUGGAUCCCUGGCAAGAGCAACGCCGCCAUCAUCGUCUUCCUCGUCAUCUUCGGCUUCUCCUCUGGCGGCUUCAUCUCACUGGCGCCCGCCUGCAUCGCCCAGAUUUCCGACAUCAGGCAGAUCGGCGUCCGCACCGGGACCGCGUUUGCCGUUCAGUCAUUCGGCGCGUUGACCGGGAGCCCCAUAGCCGGCGCCAUUGUCGCGUCGCAGGGUGGGAGCUACCUGGGACUGCAGCUGUUCUGCGGGUUCUCGAUGCUUGCGUCGGUAGGUGUAUUCUUUGCGGCGAGGACAGCGCAGGUUGGUUUGCAUCUUAAGAAGGUUGUAUGAUGUGGGAUAGAUGGGGGGAAUAGCUCUGGAAGCGAAACUUUAACCAAAACGGAUGCGGAGGUAUGCCGGACGGGCGGACCCGCGGCUCCCGGCCUGAAGACCGGGGACAGCCGGCAUCCCAAACAACUGGGAUGACACAUCUUGAGAAGGUUUAAAAACUGGAUGGCACAUUAGAGGUUAGCUGUCUGUCAUAGAGAAUAUGCAAUCUCGACUUUGAUCUG